UCUCUGGUAAUGCACGGCUCUCACUGACAGCUGCUCUCUACCCAAAAAGGGACUGAAAUGAAGUUUAUAUAGAGAGGAGCCAAAAAAAACCCUCAGAGGACAACAACUCCCAGCAGGACUCCGCAGGAAGCAGCAUAGAACCCGCCAGGAUACCUUAUCCGGACACAACAUGCACUGCCAAGCCGAGCUCAGGCUCACCUCCCCCGGACAGCUGAAGGCGGCCAGACGGCGCUACAAGUCCUUCAUGAUCGACGAGAUCUUGUCCAAGGAGACGUGCGACUACUUCGAGAAACUGUCCCUGUACUCGGUGUGUCCGUCCCUGCUGGUGCGACCCAAACCCCUGCACUCCUGUCCCGGGUCAUCACCUCUUCGAUCAUACCCUCUUCUCUCUGUCAUCAGCCGCCAGCCCGGGGUCCUCAGCCACCUUGUCCCCUCAACAUCCUCCUCCCCCAUUCAGCUUCUGUCUCCCACACAUCUCUCCCCAUCAUGUGCGCGCUCAGAGACUCCAGCCAGCGAAGCUCCACAAAGCAGCGAAUCAGAACUUGAACAAACAGCUCCUCGUGUGAAGAAGCCGCGGCGCAGCAGAACAAUAUUCACAGAAAUUCAGCUCAUGGGGCUGGAAAAAAAAUUCCAGAAGCAGAAAUAUUUGUCCACUCCAGACCGGCUAGACCUGGCUCAGUCCUUGGGUUUGACACAGCUACAAGUUAAGACGUGGUAUCAGAAUCGAAGAAUGAAGUGGAAAAAAAUUGUCCUCAAGGGUGGACAGGAGGCACCCACCAAGCCAAAAGGGCGUCCAAAGAAAAAUUCUAUCCCAACUUCAGAGGAAAUUGAGGCCGAGGAGAAGUUGAAUAGACUUGCACAAGAGGCUCAUCACCAGGAAGAUAACACCGAAGAGGAAAAUGAAAAUGCCCCAGAAGAAGCUCAAGAGGAACAAACACUAGAUGGAAAUAUACAAGAAGGUGAACAGCUGGAAUCAGGGUCCUCUCUUGCCUCGUCCACAUUACAGAUAAACACCUCCCCAAAUGACAGAGGUUCCUCCAGCUAAAGACAAAAAGACAUAAUGUGUGCAUCAAGAAAGUGCGCCAAGCUGCGCCCACAGUAUCUGGGGGGUUACCCGGUGUGUGUGCUCUGCAUCCGUCCUAUGUGCAGACCCUUACCGUAAAGGAAAUCUUCCCUCCAAGUCCUUUUAUCUAGAAGGGAAGAGGUUAAAGCCACAUGGAGGAGGAAAGAGAAUGGAAGAACUCCGUGACUAAUGGGGUCUGUACAGACAAGACUGGGAAUUUUUGCUGUGUUUGGAAAACAAUUGGACAGUGUAUAUAUAGUGUUCUUUAUUAUUGUGCCAGAAACUGCAGUAGAAAGGGUGAAAAAAGCCAAAGCAAAAGGGAAAGAAGCUGUUUCCCAGUGUAACUUACUUGAGAAUGCUUUCACAUUAAGUGCCUUUUUUUGCAUGUUAAAACUUGUAAGACAAUCUUUAUGUGUUAAUUCAUGACCACAGCCUUUUAAUCUCUUCUCUGUUCACCACUUGGGCUUAAAUUCCAUAAAAUGGGAAUAAGAGGCUUUGGUCAGUCAUUGCAUGGAGCAAACGUCCUCUGGGCGGAUGGUAUUCAGGUCUUAGCACCAGACGGAGUCAAAGCAGGACAUGAAUCAGGCGAAACUCCACAGUAAUCUAUCCAAAGCAUUUUUUCGGUCACAGGUUACAUUGUAGCAUAUUUGGAGAACUGAGGAGGAUACUGAUCUAGAAAAAAUAUAUAUCUAUAAUACUAUGUACUAGACGUGUGUCUUCAACCUGUGGUUUUCAGCUAGAAAAAAGGGAGUCAUAAUAUUGCAACAGCUGGAGAGCCACAGGCUGAAGACCACUGUACUAGAUGGUCCAAAAUAAUGAAAGUCAUCACUCAAAUUAAACUGUAACAUAGGCAAAGUGUCAAGUAGGUGUGGCAGGGCUGCUUUAGAGAGGAAAAAUACAAAAGAGAAAAUCCAGCUCCUAGUGAAAAACAGGGAUCCUAAAACUUAACUUUUAAUAGUGCACAUUUU